AUGUUUUUAUUAGUUUUUCUAUAAGUGAUCAACUCCUAAAUUCCUGAAGGUUUUGUUCGCUUGAGAGAUAUAGAUAAUACAAUCUUAUAAGACAUGAGAUAUGCAUAAUAUCAUAAUUUUGUAGGAAGACCUAUAAGAGGGUAUUUAGCAGAAGAAUGUAUAUUAACAAUAGAAGCUGCGAAAUAAUUAUCAUAGAAUUAAUAAAUGGCUAUGGCUUUAGGUUAUAGGAUAAAAGUUUGGGAUUGUUAUCGUCCACAAAAAGCAGUGGAUGAUUUUUAUUAAUGGAGUCUCAAUAAUGAUACUACUAUGUAAAAGGAAUUUUAUCCUGAUGAAUAAAAAGAUCUCCUUUUUGAUCAUGGAUAUAUUGCAAAAAAGUCUGGACAUAGCAGAGGAUCAACAGUUGAUUUAACUUUAGUUCCCUUCUAUCCUAAUUAAUAAGAAAAUUAUCAACCAGGCGAUUAAUUAAUUCCAUGUUAUUUGAAUCAUAGGUAGAUUAAAUGAAAUAAUAAUUAGAUUUAAAGAUAAUACUAUUGAUAUGGGAACAGGAUUUGAUUGCUUUGAUGUAAAAUCACACACUUAUUGUGGUGAUUUAACAUUUGAAUAGAGAAAUAAUAGAGACACUCUUUUAUAAGUGAUGCUCAAUUUUUCUAAUUAUAUUGAUGAAUGGUGGCAUUUCACUUUAAUUAACGAACCAUAUAAAACAAUAUAUUUUGAUUUCGACAUUUAAAAUUGA